AUGUCUUUUUCUGCCUUGCGUAAAAUAUCAAGUCCCCAGUUAGGUAGGAAGCAUCUACAUGAGGCUAGCCCUGCCGCUGGUACAUUAUUUGCAUCUGCUGGGACCAGCCCCAAGAGCGACGAUGAGAUGACAUGGCCUUGUCUCUCCUUCGCCAACUACUGCCACCACCACCACCAAAACCUCAAGGGUUGCGUCGUAGUGGCUGGCUCCAUCAGCAAGGGACCUCCCACCCCUGGCACUGCCCAGUUGGACGAAUACGGCAUCCUUUCAAGGCGAAAAAGAGGGAAUGACGGCCUCUCGAUUGGGCGAUUCGUACCGGCUAUCGCUCGAGAUGCUUCUUCCCAUACGAUACACGGGGCCUUUCCAAUGGGCAAUCCAUACGAUGAUCCGGCUCCCGGUCCGUCGAUGAGAUUGGAUGGAGACGCCGACAGGAACCCUCCCAUAGGAAUUGCCACGAGGCCCGAGAAGGCUGCAUCCCGCACAAAAGAAGACGUCAGGAUUGCAGUGCAGUGCAGUGCAGUGCAGGAAAAUGCGGUGCUUAGUUGCACAUCGGUAGCCUCUACGAUUGGGCUGACUCACGCGCAACCUCAGCCCUACGGCUUGAUCAAAGCGGGCAAAGUCCACGCCCCCAAAAAAAGGGCCGUCAGCCACCCUGCCACCCACAACUCCCCUAUGGGAUGA